AUGACUCCUCAACAAAUCAACAUCAACUUCCUUCAGACUUUCAAAUCAAGCCAGCCAGUCCAUCUCACUGUGAGCGCAAACACUAUUUUUAUCCAUCCUGAUCCUCAAAGACCCAAAAUAGACAAUGCAACUAGAGAAGUUGAAGAUAUUGAGAUGCACCACCUUGAGGAAUACUAUAGCGCGAUGAAAAAGAGCUUCAAAGAUCGUCAAAAUAAACUCAUAUCCCGCUUGAAUCAAGGUCAGCAGCUCAAAGAAGAUGAAGAGGAGUGGCUUGAUGGCCAGGGUAAUCUUGUUGACACCAAGUUGCUAAUGACGUGA